UUUCCGGUGACGGGUGUUCGAAUGUUUGAAAAUGGUGGGGUGAAGUUUCGGCGAUGAAUUCGAACCUGUACCUCCUUUUUCUUUCCUUUUUACUCUUCCAGGGAAGUCAGCAUAUAGGAGGUGUGGAACAGAAAAGAGCCGAGUAUGAAAAUGUAGUAGUCACUGACGGACUAGAGUUGCACAAGGUUUUCGAUUCCUUCAGGAGAAAUACUCCGACGACAGCGUCUUCUCUGAGCGACGAAGAAGAGAGGGAUUUAGAGAGCGCUCCAGCGACCGGGCUCGAAGACUCUAGUUUGGAUAGUCUGGAAGAUGAAUCAAGUAAAAAUCUCUUGGAGGAAACGUUACCGAAUAGUGGAAGCCAAGCAUUAGAAGAUAAGGCUAAUUCUCAUGAUGUCGAAUCGAAGGAGCUUUCGAACAACGAGAGGCGGUUAACCCCGAAAAAUGACGGAGAGAGUAAAAAUCGGCAUGAUAUCAGGACAAAUAGAAAUUAUGAGCGAAAGGAGCGAUUAAAUAUUGAUUCGGAGAGAAAUAAAGAUCAACGCCAUGCCACAACAGACAGUCUAGCCCGAGAUGGGAAAAAUAAAUUGGCGCAAACUGCCGAACAAGGCAAAACAGCUGAGCUGGAAUCUUCGAAUGGCGGAUUCGCGGUUGUUCCAGAUUCCAACUCGUCAGCGUCAACACCACCUCCGUACAUCUUGAAAGUAAAGAACACCCCAGCCAGAGCAGAGUUGGACGACAUUUAUUUUUUAUGUAAGUUCUUUCUCUCCUUUUUUAUCUAACAGAAAUCAAAUUUAAAGUCUUAAUAUUGUUUUCAACAGGAGACAUUUUUGGGGAAGGUAAUUUUUCAAGUGCUAUUUAAGUGUGACAAAUAUUCAAAUAUCGCGAUUUCUGAUAUGUGAAAUUCAACCUUGAUUUAGGAAGAAGUGGGCGGCUUACAACAUGAUCACUAUUUUAAUGUUAUUUUCAGUUUUUCAUUAUAUUAGGC